AUGGGAGAACUCUUCCGUAGUGAGGAAAUGACGCUGGCCCAGCUCUUCCUCCAGUCUGAGGCAGCUUAUUGCUGCGUCAGUGAACUGGGAGAACUGGGAAUGGUCCAGUUCCGAGAUCUUAAUCCAGAUGUGAAUGUGUUCCAAAGGAAGUUUGUCAAUGAAGUGAGGCGUUGUGAGGAGAUGGAUCGUAAACUGAGAUUUGUGGAGAAAGAGAUAAAGAAAGCCAAUAUUCCCACCAUGGACACUGGAGAGAAUCCUGAGGUCCCGUUUCCAAGAGACAUGAUCGACCUUGAGGCCACCUUUGAGAAGCUGGAGAAUGAACUGAAGGAGAUCAACACCAAUCAGGAGGCUCUAAAGAAGAAUUUUCUGGAGCUGACCGAGCUGAAGCACAUCCUGAGACGCACUCAGCAGUUCUUUGACGAGAUGGAAGAUCCUAAUCUUUUAGAGGAGUCCUCCUCCCUGCUGGACCCCAGCGAGGCUGGCAGGGGUGCCCCCCUGAGACUGGGGUUUGUUGCUGGGGUGAUCAACCGGGAGAGGAUCCCCACCUUUGAGAGGAUGCUGUGGAGAGUGUGUCGUGGGAACGUCUUUUUACGACAGGCAGAAAUUGAGGACCCUCUUGAGGACCCCACGACGGGUGAUCAAGUGCACAAGUCUGUGUUCAUCAUCUUCUUUCAAGGCGACCAGCUGAAAAACAGAGUGAAGAAGAUCUGUGAAGGGUUCCGCGCGUCGCUGUACCCCUGCCCAGAGACCCCACAGGAGAGGAAGGAGAUGGCCGCCGGUGUCAACACUCGCAUCGAUGACCUUCAGAUGGUUUUGAACCAGACAGAGGAUCACAGACAGAGAGUCCUACAGGCAGCAGCCAAGACCAUGCGUGUCUGGUUCAUCAAAGUGAGGAAGAUGAAGGCUAUUUACCACACUCUGAACCUCUGCAACAUCGACGUCACUCAGAAGUGUCUCAUCGCUGAGGUGUGGUGUCCCGUCUCUGACCUCGACUCUAUCCAGUUCGCCCUGCGCAGGGGCACGGAGAGAAGUGGCUCCACCGUCCCCUCCAUCUUGAACAGAAUGCAGACCAAGCAGACUCCGCCCACUUACAACAAAACCAACAAAUUCACAUCUGGGUUCCAGAACAUUGUGGACGCGUACGGAAUUGGAACCUACCGGGAGAUCAACCCAGCACCCUACACCAUCAUCACCUUCCCCUUCCUGUUUGCUGUGAUGUUUGGGGACAUGGGUCACGGCCUCCUGAUGACCUGUGCUGCCCUCUACCUGGUUAUCAGAGAAAGCCGACUGCUCGCACAGAAAAGUGACAAUGAGAUGUUCAACAUGGUGUUUGCUGGUCGUUAUAUUAUAUUGCUGAUGGGAAUAUUCUCCGUUUACACUGGUGUAAUCUACAAUGACUGCUUUUCCAAGUCCCUCAACAUGUUUGGAUCAGGCUGGAGUGUCAGACCCAUGUUUGGACCCAAAGGAGCAAACUGGUCGUUUGAAACCCUCGAUGGGAAUGCAGUGUUGCAGCUGGACCCGGCAAUUGAAGGAGUCUUCCAGGGACCAUAUCCUUUGGGCAUUGAUCCGAUCUGGAAUAUUGCCACAAAUAAGCUGACCUUCCUGAACUCCUUUAAGAUGAAGAUGUCUGUCAUUCUGGGCGUCAUCCAUAUGCUGUUUGGAGUUACACUCAGUCUCUUCAACCACCUGUACUUUAAGAAACCUCUGAACAUUUUCCUGGGCUUCAUCCCUGAGAUCGUGUUUAUGAGCUCUCUGUUUGGCUACCUGAUCCUGCUCGUCUUCUACAAGUGGACGGCCUACGACGCGAGAACCUCUAAAGACGCCCCCAGCCUGCUCAUCGCCUUUAUCAACAUGUGUCUCUUCAACUACAGUGAUCCCACCAACAAACCACUGUACAGAGGACAGAUGGGGAUUCAGUCUCUGUUGGUGGUUAUAGCACUGGGCUGUGUGCCCUGUAUGCUGGUAGUGAAGACCAUGGUGCUCCGUCGCCAGUACCUGUGGAAGAAACAUUUGUCCCAGAUGAGGGAGUCAAGCCCAGCAGAGAAACUAGAAACUUUAGAGCAGACAGGCACCUCCUCACCCACCGGACUCACCCAACAGGGCACGCAGAAGUUCGGAGGGGUGCGGGUCGGCAACGGACCCACCGAGGACGAGGCGGAGAUCAUCGAGCACGAUCAACUCUCCCAGCACUCUGAGGAUGGAGACGAGCAUUCAGAAGAAGAACCGUUUAACUUUGGAGAUGUAGCAGUGCAUCAGGCCAUUCACACUAUAGAAUACUGUCUGGGCUGCAUCUCAAACACUGCCUCCUACCUGCGCCUGUGGGCACUGAGCCUGGCACACGCCCAGUUGUCAGAGGUGCUGUGGGGUAUGGUGAUGCAUUUAGGCUUGUCUUCUCGGAGUGGGGGCGGGUUCUUUGGCCUGUCAAUCAUUUUCUCAGCGUUUGCCACGCUGACAGUUUGUAUCUUACUGAUAAUGGAAGGACUGUCAGCCUUCUUACACGCUCUUCGUCUGCACUGGGUGGAGUUCCAGAACAAGUUCUACACCGGCCAGGGCUUCAAGUUUGUCCCUUUUUCCUUCGAGAGUAUUCUGGAGGGGCGUUUUGAUGAAUAA